GGAGCUGGAAAGAAGGUGCGCUUCCCCAGCAGCCUGUAGCCACGUUAGCCCAGUCACUAACCUGGAGCUGGUCAGCCAUCCACAACUUGCUGCGGACGCGUAUAGGCAGUGUUUUGUUGUUGGUUUUUUUAGCAUGAGACAAACCCGCUAAUGAACUGGCUAACACUAUGUGCUGAAGACACAAGUAGAGAUGUUUUAUAGGCUACACUGGCCACCAAGGACCUACCUGGCUGCCCAGUCUACCGACUGACAGCUGUCACCUAGCUGCUUAGCUCGGGAGCUAGCUAGGUGAGCUAACGGCUAACUGGGGAUUUUUUUUAGGCUCUCAGCCAGGCUAGUAUAGUCAGCCGGUGUUGGUGUCGCUCCAGACAGAAAACAAUGACUUCUUGAACAUUUGACUCCGCCUGUUGGUCAAACCAUGAGUUAGCAGAGGCUCUUCAGACAACAGUAUUUGGCAUUAUUUCAAGCUAGUUCAGCUAUUUUCUAGCUUCAAGGUAGCUUACUGCUAUCAUCAGUUAUUAAAAAGCUACUGCAGGAGGAAAACACCGGUUCCUCCGUGGAUUGGGACUUGCUGUCGGCGUUGUUUCGAUUCUGAACUAUUUUUUUGGACUUUGGCCUACUCUCGAUAGCAUCUGGGUGAAAUGAAGAAAUUUUUUGACUCUCGUCGGGACUUUGCGGGCUCUGGGCCUGGUUCGGGAGCUGGUGGAGGAGGCACUGGUUCUGGCGGCGGCGGGAGCUUUAUUGGACGGGUCUUCAGCAUCGGAAGAUAUCAAGUGACUGUCGAGGAAAUUGUUGCAGAAGGAGGUUUUGCGAUUGUGUUUUUGGUGCGAACUCACCAAGGGCAACGUUGUGCUCUAAAAAGAAUGUAUGUCAACAAUGAACAUGAUCUCAGGAUCUGCAAACUUGAGAUACAAAUUAUGAGAGACUUGGUAGGCAACAAAAACAUAGUUGGUUUCCUGGACUCCAGUAUAGCCGCUGUGGGAGCUGGAGAUGUGUGGGAAGUCUUAAUCUUAAUGGACUUCUGCCGAGGCGGGCAGGUGGUUAACCUGAUGAACCAGCGAUUACAGACCGGCUUCAGUGAAGCUGAGGUGUUGAGGAUCUUUUGUGACACAUGUGAGGCCGUCGCUCGGCUUCAUCAGUGCAAAACUCCCAUCAUCCAUCGAGACCUCAAGGUGGAAAAUAUUCUCCUGCAUGAUCAGGGGCACUAUGUGCUCUGUGAUUUUGGAAGUGCCACAAAUCAUUUCCAAAACCCACAGACUGAAGGGGUUGCAGUCAUAGAAGAGGAAAUUAAAAAAUACACCACCCUGUCAUACCGUGCUCCAGAGAUGGUCAACCUUUAUAGUGGAAAAGUCAUCACAACAAAAGCAGAUAUUUGGGCUUUGGGUUGUCUGCUCUAUAAGCUCUGCUUCUUUACGCUUCCUUUUGGUGAGAGCCAAGUGGCUAUCUGUGAUGGUACCUUCACUAUCCCAGACAAUUCUCGUUACUCCCAGGAAAUGCAUUGUCUUAUCAGAUACAUGCUGGAACCUGAUCCUGACAAGAGACCAGAUAUUUACCAAGUGUCCUACUUUGCCUUCAAACUGGCCCGGCAGGAGUGUCCUGUCCCAAAUCUGCACAAUUCCUCAAUUCCUUCAAAACUUCCUGAGCCUAUCCGAGCCAGUGAAGCAGUGGCCAAAAAGAGUCAAACCAAAGCCAGGCUAACAGACCCAGUUCCAACUACAGAAACCUCUAUUGCACCUCGACAGCGACCCAAAGCUGGCCAGCCACAGUCGCAGCCUUUAUCAGGCAUUCUUCCAAUCCAACCAGCUCUCACCCCACGCAAGAGGCCUAAUGUGGCGACAGGAACACCGCCUGCUUUUGCGGCAGGAAUCAAUGCCGCGGCUGCUGUUCAACCUGCACAGCAAGCUUCAGCUGUACAGGCUGCUCAUCAACUAACGCAGACGAGCAACAAGCAGCCACAGCCUACGGCACAUCAGCAGGUCCUCAUGAAGACACAGCAGGCCUCACCCUUCCUAAUCCCUCACAAUAACCAGCAGAACCUGCAGCACCAACAACAAACACCCUCCCAUGCAUCUGCUCUGCUGCAGUCCAAAGCUAAACCUGUUUCCCCAGUUUGCGCUCUGCAACUUCAGCAGCAGCAUGUAGUCCACGAACCAGCCGCAACUCAUCUUGCUCCCAUUCCCGAGUCUGCAGUCAUUGCUCCUACAGCUGCCCCAGAGACUCCAGGCAGAGAGAUGCACAAAGCUGGCUCUUUGACACCUCCUUCAUCACCAAAGAUGGCCCCAAAAAGCGGCCACAGACGAAUCCUGAGCGAUGUCACCCACAGUGCCAUCUUUGGAGUCCCAGUCAGCAAAUCCACCCAGCUGCUCCAGGCAGCCGCAGCUGAGGCCAGCCUCAACAAGUCCAAAUCAGCCAGCACCACUCCUUCUGGCUCCCCCUGCUCGUCCCAGCAGAAUGUGUAUCAUCCAGGUGGUGAUGCUCCAUCAGCGCUCGCUGCGCCAAAUGCUCAGCCUGGCUGGAACCCCUUUGGAGAUGAUAACUUCUCCAAGCUAACUGCAGAGGAGCUACUCAACAAAGACUUUGCAAAGCUAUCGGAGUCUGCUCAGCCUGGUGAAAUAGACCUCACCUCCAGUGAAAGUCUCAUUCCAGAGCUUGGGGCUUUUCCAGCAAAGGCUGAGGUGUGUGUGGAUUCCUUGAUUCCUGGUUUGGAAGCUCCUCAGCCUCAGCGAAAUUCAGGUCAGCCAGAACAUAUUGCUGCCAGCAUGCCAGAUUCUUUCACUGGGGAGGCAUCUCUGCUGGGCUGUGAUUUGCUAACUCAUACUUCUGCUGGAAGCCAGCCUGUUUCAGCACUCCCUUCCUCCUUCUCCUCUGGCCCUCCUGGCUGUGGCUCCGGAUCCUGUCUGGAGGAUCUGCAACCCAGUCAGGCUGCAGACUCUUUCCUCUUGUCUGGUGGGAAAAAGGGCAAUGAUGAAGAGUUUGACCCCAUUCCUGUGCUCAUUCCCAAAAACUCAAAUCAAGACGUACAAGUGGAGAGUAAUGGCUACACUAUGCUAGAAGAGGGACAGGAGGCUGAAGAGGUUGAAGAAAAUGAUCCAAAUAAUGAGGGCUGUGAGCACUCCAGCGAUGAAGAUGUGGAGAAGGCAGAACUUAAAGAGGAGCAGGAGGGGAGAACAGUCGAGAGCAUCGUUGCUGUUCAAGACUGCAGUGGCUCUAGACCUCUACUGAUGGACUCUGAAGAUGAAGAAGAGCCUGGACCACUGGUAGCUCCCCAUUCAUCCCUGCCCCCCAACACAGUACCAGCACAACCACCUGCCGCCUUCUGUCAAUUGAGGUCAAGCGCCUUUGCUCAGAAUAAUUCCUGGAAUGUAGCAGAGACGGGUGUCACUCCAGAUGUCUUCUCCAAAGCCCCCUUCCCGACUUCGCAAGAGGACUCCGCUGAUGUUUUUGCCAAUGCUCCAUUUCCACGUUCCCCUUUUGUAGCUCAGCAUCAGCUCGAUGUGUUCUCUCAGGCUCCCUUUGGAAAAAGAAAGGAGGUCUUGGCUGCGCUGCCAAAGACCUCGUACCCCCAAGCAGCUGGGGGUCAGACUUUAACCUCUGAUCAAGGAGUGCUGGGACAGGUAGCUCAACAACCGUUCCGCCCUCAAGCUCUGGCCAAAUAUUCCCGACACUUCGAAGGAUCCGCAGCUGAGCAGCCGGUAGCAGCUCCCAGUUUGAGCAGGCAAGCUGUCGGACCGCUUCAAUCAUGGACGUCAGAAGUUAAUGCUGUAGACCCGUUCGUAUCUGCACCCUUUCACCUCAAAGCACCGCAGGAAAAGCCCUGAACAUUUUUUGCUACAUUGCUAACAUUGACAACAUUGCAAUGUACAUUGCAAACAUUGCUACAUUGAGAUAGCAAUGUAGCAGAGAUUUGCACCCAUUAAUUAUGCAAACUGCAACUGGCUUUACUGCAUGCUGUCACCAGCGCUGCAGCUGGACUGCAGGCCUUGAACAGAUCUCAUCCUCAACUUGCUAAAAUGAGAUCAGGUAGUGCGAGUUUUCCUUCCCCGUCCCUUCCAUCCCAGUGUGCAUCUACACUUAAAAACAAUGUUGGGUCAACCAUUUGAUUGUUUUCCUGUCUACCUCAGGUUGUGAGGGAGUUUGUGCAGGAGCUUUUGCAAAAUUCUUUUCUGCACAUUUAAGAUCGACUGUAAAACUGUGAUCUGUUAGCACCCCAUACAGUGGUUAUCAGAGGGAAACUAUUCAGCAUCAUAAUUUCACAGAAGCUUAACAGGUAGUUAAAAACAGAUUAGAGAAUGUUCAAACCAUCUAAAUGUCUGUUUCGAGGACCUUUUUAAUCUUACUUGACUUGUUAAUUAAAUAGAUGCUGGAAAUAGUUAAAACAGACAUUUCCAUUAUUGUGUUUUGACAUAAAAUCACUUGAUGUAAUGCAGGAUAAUUCAAUGAAGCAGAUCACAAGAAUCUUUCUGUAGGUCCCCCCCCAAAAAACAAAACAUUUUCAACAUAUUAUUCGUGUAGAUCCACCUGCUGCAUGAAACAUGUUUUACCCAUCUUAAAGCUGCUUUCACAUUUGAUUGCACUUGCUUUCAGCACCAAAUGCUACUACUGUCUUUGGUGCAUAACAUCAUAAUGCAACACUGUAUGAAACCUAUUACUUCCAAAAUGUGCACAAACUGACACAUGCAAGUCUGUAAAACUGACGUGAAAAUGUUUGACUGUCUUCAGCACUUAAUCUUUGUAAUUCCAGCCAGGGAUUGUAAUAAGUGUUGUGCGAGAGCUUGAAUAGUGCCUGAUUGAUGACGUGUCAUUUAAUUUAUAUCAUUCACUGUUUGAAAAUAUUUUGUGGUUUUUCUAGUUUAUACAAUCUUUUACACUAAUUGUUUCCCACCACGGCACUUUUUUGGAGAGGGAAUCCACACUGUUUCAACCCAAAGGUUAACUUGUGUUUCUCUGUUUGAAGUUCUCCCCAUACAGUCUCACCCAGCCUAAACACAUGAAGAUUGCACAAAGUAACUGAUACGGAGAUAGGGUUCUGUAAGAAUGUGUUCUGUCAGCUGUAAAAUGAGUUGUGAGUGUUGUUGUACACCUAACCUCUGAAGGACGAGCAGAAAAUCCUCUUGGGACAAUAAAAAAAAAGCACUCAGAAUACUUGUUAUGCUGCACAGUAUGCCUUUAAAAAUGUCAUAAACAAAAAUAUUAAAUGAAUGUAAAUGAAA